AAAGAGUUUUUGGGAGAAAAGAAGAAUAUUAUCAACAGGGCAGUAUGAACACUACAAGGUACGCCAAAACCAACUCUUAAAAAAUAAUGAAACACAUUUCAGUAAUUUUACUGAAGUUAAAUAUGGCAUGGACGAAGCUUUGGAAAUUAAGGAGGAAAUCAUCGAAGAUUGUGACACUGCAUGUCAACAAUACAACAACAAAUAUGAACUAGAGUUGUGUUACGUAGAGAAAUCAAAGAGUGAUUGGGACGGAUCAAGAAUAAUUCCAUCAAGAGAAUAUGAACAUCAGAAGAAUACAUUUAGAACAAUUUUAGAACACCACAAGGAAAUCCAAAAUCAACUAUUUAAAAGCAUGGAAACGAAUUUUACCCACUGUGCUGAAAUUGAAUAUAACAAUGACGAUGACUUCGAAAUUAAGGAAGAGAUUUUACAAGUAGAAGAUCAGGACAUUACACGUCAAAAAUAUAAAAAAGAAUAUGAGUCACAAUCGUAUACCGUAGAUGAAAAAGAAAUUGAUAAUUCUGCUGUUAACUACACACUGCAGAGUAAGAACAGGAAGGAAAUUCAGGAACCAGAACAAGAGCUAGAAAAUAAAUACAAAUGUGAAAAGUGCGCGCGAAGCUAUAAAAGGAAAUGCCAUUUAAAUUAUCAUAAAAAAUUCGAAUGUGGCGUCAGGCCACAAUUUAGAUGUGAAUUGUGCGGUAAAAAAUUUAAACGGAAACGUGGUUUGACUUGCCAUGUAAAUAGCGUGCAUCACAAAAAAAGUUCAAAAAAGCCGGCAUUAAGACAUGAAUGCAAUAUGUGUUCGCGAAGUUACACCUUGCUCAGAAAUUUAUAUCAGCAUAAGCGUUUAGAUCACUCAGAAGACAAAACACAAUUUAUAUGCGACUAUUGUGGCUACAAAACGAAAUACAAGUGGACAUUGUCAGCGCACAUAACUGCUUCUCACUUAAAGACACCAAAACCAAGGCAUAAUUGUAACAAAUGUUCACGAAGUUAUACCUCGUUGAAAGGUUUAAAUUUACAUACACGUUCAGAACAUUCAAAAGUCAAACCACAAUAUGUUUGCGAAUAUUGUGACUACAAAACGAACCGGAAAUCUUACUUGUCAAAACACACGACUUUGCGCCAUCUAAAAUAAUAAUAACGGACAUGAAACAUUAAACUUUAAGAAAUGUCUAAUGUUGGUUGAAAAAACUAAUUAUUUCACAACAUCUUAAAUAAAUCAGUAAUAAACUGAGAAAACUUUUCUUCGCAUCACAUUAAAUAGUUGUACAGCUAUUUAUAGUUGUGUAUAUAUAGUUAUUCUAUAAUUCUUUUUGAAGAUUCUGUAAGA